UGUGUCUCUCUCUCCUUUCCCUCUUUAUUACUUGCCCAAUUGUCGAUUCUCUCUCUUGGGGCCAAACGCUCGGAGCUUAGCGGAAGUUCUUUCUCAAAAUUUUCCAUCUUUUCCCUCUGAACUGUAUUAAUAUUUCAUUUUCUUCAUGUCUCAGGUUGAUAGCAGAAAUUCUUCAGCUACUAAACGUGCGCGAAUGGAUGGUGGCCGUAGGGAAGAUGACUGGACCUGUCCAAGCUGUGGAAAUGUCAAUUUCUCAUUUAGAACAACUUGUAACAUGCGCAACUGCACUCAGCCUAGGCCUGCUGAUCACACCUUUAAAUCUACUGUCAGACCAAUCCAAACACCUCAGGGCUGCUCAUCUGCAGCUCCCUAUGUUGGCGCUGGUGCACCCUCCUCAAUGUACAUGGAUAUACCUCCUUAUGGCCCUUCUUUGUUGAAUGGACCAUCUAUUCCUCCAUAUGACAUGCCAUUUACUGGGGGUUUGGCAUAUCGUUACAACUAUGGAAAUCAUCUUUCUGGAGGUAGCCCAUAUCGGCCCUUGCAUUCGGCUGGUCACCCUCCUUAUACAAGUGGAUCAAUGAUUGGAAAUGGUGGGAUGUAUGGUGUGCCCCCUCUCAUGGAUCGAUAUGGUCUUGGUUUGAGUAUGAGCCCUACCAUGGGUCUGAGACCUGGAUUUUUACCCGAGGAUAAAUCUCAGAAGAAAGCAGAUGGUACUCCUGACAAUGAUUGGUCAUGCCCCAAAUGUGGCAAUGUCAAUUUUUCAUUUAGAACAGUUUGCAACUUGAGGAAGUGUAAUACAACGAAGCCAGGACCGCAGGGUGCCAAAUCAGGCAAGAGCUCGUACAUGCCAGAGGGAAGCUGGAAGUGUGAGAAAUGCAACAACAUAAACUAUCCUUUCAGGACCAAGUGUAAUAGACAGAACUGUGGUGCUGAUAAACCUUCUGAGACAAAGAAGUCUCCGCCAGAAGCAGCUGAUGAAAAUGAUAAGUUAAAUCAUCGGUCAGGAAAUGUGUCCGGAAAUCCAGAUACAACUUUAUCCGUAUGAUGCGGUGACAUAGCUUUCUUUCGCGUCCUUCAACUAGUCCCACGUCACACGCUUUUUGCAAGUGCUCCAAAAUAUGGGUUUCUUGGUGUUUUACAGUGUGGGCAUAUUGAAAUUGACACCCACUUAAUAACUGCAUUAGUAGAGAGAUGGCGUCCUGAGAUGUAUACUUUUCAUUUAUCGGUUGGCGAAGCAACUGUAACACUGCAGGACAUCGCUAUCAUCUGGGUACUCCCGGUGGAAGGUAAUCUUAUUAUCGAGUUAGAUACAAGGUAUAGUACUCAGCGGUGGCAAAAUUAUUGUCAUCAAUGGUUGGGUUUUAUGCCAAAUGAAAAUACUUUCAAAUGGUCAAGAAUAAAACUAAUAGUUUUACAUGAAUUUUUACUGGAAAAUACAUGUGAUGAAGAUAGCCUGUUUGAGGUUGUGUCAGCCGGUCCGACUCGAACAUUUGGAUACCGUGAACUGGAAAAGUUCAUAAUUUCACGUUCGAUCGUACGGGCUCGCGCUCGAUUUUCUCUUAAUGAUUGUUGAUCAUCUCUGGAAUUUUCAUAGUCUACCACUAGCUGCUCCAUUCUAUUAUACUGGUAAACAAAAUCAAAUUUGCGGCGUAAGCAUCAUGCUAAAGUAAAUGAACAUUAAAAAAAAAAGAAGGUGCUUACCACAUAUUCCCAAUCACGGGUGUCAGUUGGUGGAUAGCUUGGCGUGUUCGUUGACAAUAUGUUAUGUAAAAUCUGGACCCGAGUAAUUUAGUGAUAUCAUUUCAUAUAGUCAAGAAUGGUAUCACGAUCGCCUUCAAUAACGGGUCCAUCCACCACCAGUGAUUUCACAUCGUUCCAUUUUGCAACAUAGUCCGAGUGAACGUUGCCCAGUCCAUGUCUUGACGUCCCUGCCUAUUUAUUGUGUGUAAACGCCGUUCACUUAUCAAUGAGUUUGGGGGAUGUCUUGCACAUAGCUAAAUUGGAGGAGAACCGUUUCUGGGUGAUGCAUCUCCACCAGCGAAUAAUUAAUCAAUGGGCAGUGUAUAUUCCACGGUAUGCGCAUUGCAUAAAAUGGCAAUGCAUCAAGCUCGCGUGUAUUACCAUCAUACAGAUUCCAAAUAAACUACAAUAUCAUAUCACGCCAAUCAAUAUAUUUGGAAA